GAGGAGGAGGAGGAGGAGGAGGAGGAGGAGGAGCCGCCCCCAGACCCCCCCAGCCCGGUGGUGGAGCGGCGCAAGAAGCCGAUGGUUCAUCCUGCAGCCCCCGCCCCCCUGCCCAAGGAUUACGAGACCCCCCCCCCCCAAGAGGACAGGGACUCCCCAAAAAAUACCCAGGGACCCCCCAAAAACACUCAAGGACCCCCAAAAAUGCUCAGGAACAGCAAGGGACAAGUGGCAGCCGAGGUGGUCCCGGACCCCACGGACAUGGCCCUGGACAGGGCGGAGGCGGCCGAGGCGGCGCGGGAGCUGCGGCGGCUGCUGCUGGACGCGGUUCCGCUGAGCUGCAGCCUGCCCCGAGUGACGCUGCCCAACUACGACAACCUGCCCGGAACGCUGAUGCUGCUGUGCCUGGGGCUGCAGCUGGGGGACAGGGUGCGCCUGGAUAGCGGCAAGGUGGGGACACUCAGGUUCUGCGGCACCACGGCCUUUGCCAGCGGUCAGUGGGCGGGGGUGGAGCUGGACGAGCCCGAGGGGAAGAACGACGGCAGCGUGGGGGGGGUCCGGUACUUCAUCUGCCCCCCCAAACAGGGCAUCUUCGCCUCGGUGUCCAAGAUCUCCAAGGCCGAGGAGCAGCCCCCGGCGCCGUCGCCGCCCCCGAGCCCCCCGGGACCCCCGGCCCGAGCCCCCCACAAAUCCCGCAAGGACAAGAGAGGUACAGACCCCCUCCCCAAAAAACAUUCUGGGAGCGCCCCCCGAAAUCCAGGGGACACCCCCAAACGUGAGGGUCGCCGGGUGGCCCCGGGGGACGCGGUGCUGGUGGCCGGACAGCGCCAGGGCCGGGCCCGGUUCUACGGACGCACCGACUUCGCCCCCGGGUACUGGUUCGGGGUGGAGCUGGACUCUGCGGGGGGCAAACACGACGGCUCCGUUUUUGGGGUGCGUUACUUCACCUGCCCCCCCAAACACGGCGUCUUCGCACCCCCCUCCCGCGUCCAGAGGAUCGGGGGUCCCAAGGAGGAGACCGGGGAUGGCACCUCCGAAAAGAAGGCCCAGCCGGUCACAGUGUCACAGCCCAAGCGCAAUUUCCCGGCUGUGCGGACCCCCAAGGACAUCACAUCCGAGAGCUCCUUCUCCAGGUUACUCUUCUGCUGCUGGUUCCUGAUGCUCCGGGCCGAGAUGCAGUCCUAA